GUUAAUGCAAAUUGCACUAUAUUUCCGACCACUGGAAUUAUGAUUACGAAUACGGUUUUCCAAUACAUGUAUUAUCAUAAUUCAAAUCUCCCUCUGUCUCAUUUAUACAACAUUUCCCACGUAUUUCUAGUGUUUUUGAAUCCGUAUGCGAUUGAAAACACCCCCCUGCUGCACGUUUGAAGCAUACGACGCACGUCUAGCUGGAAGAAGUUGAGCACCAGAGAGAGCUUGGAAGGAUGCAGGGAAGAUGGCGAUGAAUGUAAAGAACAGGGAUGCUUUUUAUCCAAGUGCUGACUAUUGCGAUAUCUACACCUCUCAGCCUGUAAACUAUGGAGACUGCAGCCAUUAUUUCCCUCGGAUGACAGGUCCAGAUACCGUUCUAAAACCACCUCUUAGUUUGAUAUGUCAGCAGCCACCUCAGCCCUUCCGGGCCAUGACCCCGACCCAGAACCUCGGUCCUCCACCGGUGAUGAUGUCGCCGGACCCCUUGCGGUUCCCACACUGCUCUCCUCUAGCCAUAAAGCCGCCCCCUCACCUCCAGUUGCCGCCCAACCCACCCAUCCCAGGGCCCCCCGUCCUCAGUCCCAAGCCCCCCGAAGAAGACGGUCAGGCAGUGGAUGCUGACCAGGAAGCCACUCUGGAAGAGCUUUGCAAGCCUCUGUACUGUAAGCUUUGUAACGUCACUCUCAACUCUGCCCAGCAGGCUCAGGCACAUUAUCAGGGGAAAAACCACAGUAAGAAGCUGCGCAAUUUUUAUGCUGGUAGCCAGCAGCCACCUCCAAUUAGAAUACCAGAGGUAGUAGAGCCUGUUUCCCAGCAACCCUUAGCAACUCCACCCACAGAUUCUGCAAAUGUGACUGCCAGCCAGCCACUUUCUAAGGGCGCUAGCAGAGUCAUACUGGCCACGGAAAAUGACUACUGCAAGCUAUGUGACGCUUCCUUCAGCUCCCCCGCUGUGGCCCAGGCACACUAUCAGGGCAAGAACCACGCCAAAAGACUGCGGCUGGCCGAGGCACAGCAGAACGCCACGUCCUUAGACUUGUCCAACACUCAGAGACGGCCACGGAAAGAAGGAUACGAGUACCAAUUAAUGAAGAACCGUAGGGCUCAUAUCAAUACUGCCAUGCCAGGCCCUUACUACAACCCACGGCCGAGGCAGCGUAUCCCACGAGACCUUGCGAUGUGCGUCACACCCAGCGGGCAGUUCUAUUGCUCGAUGUGUAACUCGGGUGCCAGUGAGGAAGCGGAGUUUCGCCUGCACCUGGAGAGCAAGCAGCAUAAAAGCAGAGUGUCCGAGCAACGCUACCGUAGCGAGAUGGAGAAUCUGGGAUACACUUAAGAAGCAGCCGAAGUGAUCAGUGAUUCCCAGAUCCUCAAGAAAUAAUCUUGCAAUUCUUGAAGUAGCCACUUUUGUUUUAAAACGAAUGACGUUUGUAAUUGUGCUAUUCUAGAAGUACUUUAUGAGCUAAAAUUCGCACACACUGAAAAAGUUUCUUUUGUGCCAGACAGACCAUUAACUGGUGGCAUGGACGUUUUAGGAAACUUUAUUUAAGGGAUAUAUAAGAGAUAUCUAACAGAACGUUUCAAACGCUCAUAAGCACAGAUUUAGGAUCAACUGGCAAAUAAUUAUAAUUCAUAAUUAACGUGAAAGUACUAAAUUCUUAUCCUAAAUCAUCUUAUGAGCAAGUACACAAAUAUUAGAAUAUACUGCUCUGGAUUAUACUUUCAGUAUAAUACAAAACAAUACUUUCAGUAUUUAUGUAUAUGUCUAGCAUUUUAUUUAAUUCUAAUGUCUAACAUCACCUCUAACGUGCUUUGGAGAGGCAAUAAGUGUAAGUAUUUUUUUCUCAGCUGUUUUUGCGUGAAGUUGAUGCCUCAAAAAGGGACAAAUCUAGCAGCAAUCAGUUUCCUAAACAAGCAGAAGUGGCAAUCCUACUCACUCUGAGCCGUAGAUUCACUGUGUUUCUUCAGGAGCUACAGAACGCACGCCGCCGUUCUGCCGAUCAGAUUAGAGACUGCAUUCCCAGGAGAAUCCAAAGCGUGCCUGCUGAAUGUACUAUGAAAGCGAUGACAAUAGAUCUACGUCCGUCUGGCUUUGCACAUGUUUACUAGAGGUAGUGGGAGAUUUGGUCUAUUUCGGGGUGUA